AUGUUUGCUGCUGCAACCAAAAACUUCGUUAAACAGGUUGGUGAUGGAGGAAGAUUAGUUCCCGUGCCCAGCCUCAGUGAAGCUGACAGAUACCAACCUCUGAGCCUUGUGAUUAAAAAAAGAAAAUGCUUGCUUUCAAAAAAAUCUAAAUUUGCUUCAACACCUUUCACAUUAAAAGACAUUCUUCAAGGGGAGAAAGAAAUUUCUGCAGGUGUCUCGUCUUACCAGUUGCUCAACUAUGAAGACAAAUCAGAUGUUUCACUUAAUGGCAGAAGAGGAAAUCAGAUAAUGAAUGAUGUUGGUUUUGAUGUUGCUGGAUCAGAUUCCAUUGCCUUUAAAGCUUCAUUUGGUAUAGUGACCAAACACGAAGUUGAAGUACCAACAUUACUGAGAGAACUUACUACAAGAAAAAUAAACUUUGAUCAUUGUCUAGUCCAUCAAUCAAGAAAAAGUAGGAUGGAAAUUUUGUGUGUGGUCAUGGAAAGUAUUCGAACUACAAGGCAGUGCUCAUUAACUGUCCAUACUGGGAUGCGUGGAGAGCCAAUGAGGUUUCACAUAAUUGAAGAUCAGAAUUCUAAAGGGCGGGACAAAGCCAUUGUUUUUCCUGCACAUACAACUAUUGCUUUUAGUGUAUUUGAACUCUACAUUCAUUUGGAUGGUAAUUUUGAACUCUGUGUGACUCCAAUUGCAAAAGGAGGAUUUGAAAGAGAGAAAUCUGGAUCAUCUUCACUGACCAAAUUCAGGAGAUUAAAGAAUAAUCUGUUUCAUCGAAAUAAAGGAGUAGUGGAAAUCGUUGCUAACUCUGAUCCUUACUUGGAGGACCUUUUUGCAGAUUAUUAUGAAAAAGCUGCAAGCAUGACUGAUCUCUCUACAAGCUAUCUCAGAGACGGUUCUCAUAUCCGAAUUAAUUUACUUAAUAACAACAUCCCCAAAGGCCCCUGCGUCCUCUGUGGAAUGGGAAGUUCAAAAAGGGAGACAGUCUAUGGAUGCCUGGAGUGUUCUUUUAAUGGACAGAAGUAUGUACGACUGCAUGCUGUGCCCUGUUUUGACCUCUGGCAUAAGAGAAUGAAGUAA